AUGAUUUGCAGUAACAACGUUUGGGCGGAGGAAUAUAGCCCGGCACCGAUGGCUGUGGAUCUCAAACGGAAUUAUGUGAAACUUCUGAUGCAUUUCCGGAGGCACGAUUUAGCAGAAUUUGCUGAGGAGCAUGACAAACUUUUCAUCGAAGCGAAGAAAAGUGGCGAUCACUUGGCAGUCACCUCUCAUUAUUACUCAGUGAUGUCUACUGUAAUCGACGAGUAUUUUGGAGGUAAUUUCCAUUUUGCUCCACCGAAGAAACCUAACAUGUCGUUGAACGAGGCUCUCUCAGAUCUGCAUAGAACAAUUGGUGAACGACUUGGUCUGAAGGACGGCAGGACAUGCGUGGAUAUUGGAUGUGGUAUUGGAGGUGUUAUGAGAGAUUUGGCUGUCACAGGUGCCGAUAUCACAGGAAUCACGAUCGCCGCUAACGAAGUGGAGAUUGCCUUACUGCGUGUCUAUACAGUUCAGAGAGAUGUGAACAAUUAG